AUGACAAGAUACUAUUGUGAAUAUUGUCACUCAUAUCUGACUCAUGACACGUUAAGUGUUCGUAAGUCGCACUUGGUCGGUAAGAACCACCUUCGAAUAACAGCAGACUAUUACAGGAACAAAGCAAGAGAUCUUUCUAGUAAGAAUGGCCAUAAAAGACAUCACAUUGGAAAGAGGGGAAGGAGGGAAAGAGAGAAAAGUAACGAAAAUGAGAAGCUGAAGGUCGCAUGCCUUUCAAAUAAAGAGAAAAGACGAAACUUGAAUGUGAAGAAAAUGAACCAAAAGGAACUGUCACAGACAUCGAUAAAUACUUUGCAGUCUUUAUACGACGGCUCUCCGGGAUACUCCAAAGUAUUUGUGGAUACUAAUAGGUUUGAUAUAGGUGAUUUGGUCAAGGCUAGCAAAUUACCCCAAAGAGCUAAUGAACGGUCCGCGCAACAUUCGCUCAAACAAACUUCAAGAUCCAGAGAUGAAACAUGUGAGAGCAACCCAUUUCCUAGACUGACGAGUCCGAAGAAGUUGGAACCGCCAAAGAUACUAUCACAAUGGAGCAACACUAUUCCGAAAACCUCUAUAUUCUACACUACAGAUAUACUACAAACCACGAUUAAGGAAUCAAAGAAGCGGAUGCUUUCGGACGGCGUGAGGAAAUCAUCAACCACCAAUGGAUUUAAAAGGAGACGGUAUGGAAAUUAA